UAAAAUACCAAAAAAAAUACCAGACGAGACGGCAGUCCGUUUUUUUCUAUAAACUGGGGGCUGUCCACACAGGAGAUCAAUAAGUUUACUAAAUUUUUGCCUUGUUUUGUUUCUACUCAUUACACCUAAAAUCGCCCAGCCCACUUUUCGGGGAAUUCAGCUGGUGUGGGAUUACAUCAUUGCUGGCGUGAAGGAGUCCCACACGAUGACGGAGCCUCGACUGGAGUUGGAAAGCGUCCGCCUGACGACCUUUGGAGAAUGGCCAUUGAAUGCCCCAGUUUCAGCGGAGGACUUGGUCAUCAACGGAUUUUUCGCCACUGGCAAUUGGCUGGAAGCCGAGUGCAACUGGUGCCAUGUGCGCAUCGACCGGUGGGAGUACGGCGAUCAGGUGGCGGAGCGCCACCGUCGCUGCUCUCCCAUUUGCUCAAUGGUACUGGCACCCAAUCACUGCGGAAACGUGCCUCGGGGUCAAGAGAGCGACCAGGAGGGUAACAAUGUUGUGGACAGUCCCCAGUGUGUCUGCCCUGAUUUGCUGUUGGAGGCAAACCGCUUGGAGACCUUCAAGAACUGGCCCAAUCCCAAUAUUACACCCCAGGCGUUGGCUAAAGCUGGCUUCUACUACUUGAAUCGGCUGGACCAUGUAAAAUGCGUCUGGUGCAAUGGAGUGAUUGCCAAGUGGGAAAAAAAUGACAAUGCGUUUGAUGAACACCGACGCUUUUUCCCGCACUGUCCUCGCGUACAAAUGGGACCGCUUAUAGAAUUUGCUACAGGAAAAAAUUUAGAUGAGUUGGGGAUUCAACCUACCACCCAGCCCCAGCGUCCGAAGUACGCAUGCAUUGAUGCCCGACUGAGGACUUUUUCGGACUGGCCCAUCUCCAAUAUCCAACCGGCAGACGCACUAGCCCAGGCUGGAUUGUACUACCAAAAAAUAGGCGACCAGGUACGAUGUUUCCACUGCAAUAUCGGCCUGCGUUCCUGGCAAAAAGAAGACGAGCCAUGGCACGAGCACGCCAAGUGGUCUCCCAAGUGCCAGUUCGUUUUAUUGGCCAAGGGUCCCACCUAUGUACAGGCAGUGCAAGAGGAAACAGCGGCUAGUGCCAGAUCUCCACAAGCUACGGCUCCUGCUCCCUCGCUCCAGGCAGAGGCCCUAAUGGAUGAGGCGCCGGCCAAGGAAGCCUUGGCGUUGGGUCUUGACGGAGGAGUGGUACGCAACGCUAUACAGCAAAAGCUUUCCAGUUCUGGCUGCGCCUUUGCUUCUCUUGACGAGCUGCUUCAUGCCAUUUUUGAUGAAGGAGACACCGAAAUUGCCCUAGAGGUUAUGGAGCCUCCGGAACCAAGUGCGCCCUUUGCUCCGGAUAUCUGCCAAGCCACCACCAGCAAGGCAGCGUCUAUUAACUCAGAUUGCGCAAGACCAGUGCCACAGGCUCCUGUUCCCGUGUCCGUGCCGGAUGUAGCAAGUCUAGCCGAGCAAAUGCAAAAAACAUCAAUGGCCACGCCAAAUGGAAACUUGUCGUUGGAGGAGGAAAAUCGUCAGCUGAAGGACGCGCGUUUGUGUAAAGUGUGCCUGGACGAGGAGGUUGGUGUUGUGUUUCUACCUUGUGGGCACUUGGCUACUUGUAAUCAAUGCGCCCCGAGUGUAGCCAACUGUCCUAUGUGCCGUGCCGACAUAAAAGGAUUUGUACGCACUUUCCUAUCGUAAAACUGUUAUGCACAUCAGCUAGUUUUUAUAUAAAUUGAUUGUUUUUAUUUUUCGAGACAAACAAUACGCCAGCGCCUGUGAUCCGUACAGGCAGUUACAGUUCAAAUAACCCGGUGAUUAGCUAAUGAAAUACCUUUGAUCGUCUACUAGUACUUGCAUAAGCUGUUAUCAUUACGACCUAUAUCACUUUGUGUCCAAAAAAGCUCAACCGGUUGGACGGUUGUCAGGCUAGAGCCGCUUCCUACGAUAUCGUCCCUGAAGCAAUUUAUUGUUCUCCUUGAGAGACACUCAAUACGUUUCCUCGCACUCAAUAUGAACCCUGGAAAGGACUCUCUUCUUCAGGAGCCGCCAACGCUGACACGUCCAUCCUCGGUGGGUAAACACCGCUUCAGUAGCAGUAGAAAGCGGCGUUUUAAAAUCAACAGGGCUGCAAGGAAUAAAUUUGUUAGUCAAUGAAAUUAUUGUAAAAUUACAAAAUUUGUUAGUGAAAGAAAUGAGUGUAAAAUUACAAAGAGUUUAUCCUA